GUUGACGUUUAAGUUUGACAGUAUACCUCAGAGUGACAAAAAAUUGUGUAUUGUUAAUAUUUAAUAUUUUCUUUAAAAAUGUCAUUUCAAGACAAAAUUUCAGCCCUAAUGGCACGGCCCGGUCAAGAUCCAGUAGCAAAAGACGAUGUACCAUGGUGGAUGAAAUUUGCUGGAAGAGGAGUUGGCACCUUCGCAGGAUUUGUUGCUAUGUUUUUGGGGGUAUGGGUAUGUGUGACAAUAACUGUAGCAAACCUAUUUGCUGGUCUAUGGCAAAUUUUUGCUGGAUUCUUAUUGGUUUGCUGUGAAGCACCAUGCUGUUGUAUGUUUGUGGAACAUGUACAAAAAUUAGCAGAUUUUAUUGAACAUAGACCAUAUUGGAACAGGGCCGCUGCAUAUGGAUUAUUGGCUUUGCCUCCUUUAAUUUUGAAUUUUGGAAUUUUUACUGGUUUUGGUUGUGGAUUAAUUUUGUUAACUGCAGUGAUAUAUGGUAUGAUGGCAUUGGGGAAAAAGGCAUCAGCUGAUGAGAUGCGACAAGCAGCGCGAGCCGAAAAUGCAGUACCACCUACCAAUACGCGCUCGAAUCUUGUCGCACAUGCGCAGCCGAUCAGUUUUACGGGCACGCCGGUUUUUGACAGUAACGUGUAGACGUGUCUACGAACCGACGUCGUUCCAAUUUUCUAUUUCCUCAUCUAGUAAUUCCCCUUUCCUUCCUAUAAGUAAGAGUUGAAUAUUGACAUGUGGAAAUCUGAGUACUACGAUAUAAAUAUAUUGAAUUUGGGAAUUUGAUAACUUUAUAUAAAUUUAUUUGCUACAUUAUCAAACUGAAAACUUUGGAAAAUGCAUAAAAUUCCUAAAUUAUGACAUUAUUUUUUUGACCAACACUUCAAUUCUUCUUUGGUUUAGGGUUCAGGUGUCGGGGCCUUUAAUAUUUUUAUUAUGUCGAACUCUUACGUCGUGCAGAUUAAAAAUGCUUAGAACAGUAGUUUAUUUUAAAGUACAGAAGUUGUUAUAAAAUUUUUGGAGUUGCGAUGAUAAACACAAAAUGCCCUUGUAGGUAUAAUCAUAAUAGUAUUUAAAUUUCUACAUAUCAAUUUAUAAAUUUUCAAUUUGUAGAUACAUGUGUAUUAAUAAAUAGCUGUAUAAUAUUACUGUAAUUUUUUUGAAAAUUCAUAUACUACAGUUAAAGAUCACUAAAAAAGAAUGGUUUAUACAGCAACUUAAGGCUCAAACGAAUUUUAUCAUGUGCUCAUAUUUUAAAUGGGUUAAAUGUCGAUGUUAUCCGUUGCUGUAUAAAAUGUAACAAUCUGGCUUUUUGAAUAGCAUUAAUCAGAAAAUUAUCUGCUAAAAAAUUUAUUAUUAAAUAAUUAUUUAGGAUGAUUCAUUAAAUUCCAGCCAUUCGUUUUAUAUUGUGUCUUAAUUUUAAGUAUGUUAUUAUUAAACAUAAAACCAAAUCAAAAACUGUUUGAAAAAUAAUUUUAUUGAAGAUAUAAUUGAAUUAUCUUCAUUAACGUUUUAGUUUAACAGCUUCAAUUGGAUUUUAUUGUUUAUUAUAGCAAAGUUUAUACAUAUUGUGAUAUAAUUUAUUAUUACUAGGUGAUAUAUUUUAUCUUGCACCAUUUCUAAUAAAAUACAAAGUUACCUCGAUUUGACUCCAAAUUACAGUUCAAAAGUGUGAUAUAGAAUUUGUGUGAUAAUGUGAAUAAUGAUUUCCAAGAAACUAAGGCUAACCUUCAAUUAGAGUGAUAUUGAAUUUUCUCAACUUACUGACUCUAUACAUUCAUUUUUAUAUGCAUUUUCCUCAGUUAGUUUAUUUUGGUAUUUGUAAUGUCAUUUACUGUAAAUACUUAGUUUAUUCUUUUAUGCUAAGAACAUUGAUGGGAAUAAUUUUACUCUUAGCAAGUAAUGUUAUCCCUUUUAAAGCAUUUCCCUUAGACAGCUAACUCGACAGUUUUUUAAAAAUGAGAUUUUCUCAAGAUUAAAUAUCAGGAAAAGGAAAAAUUCACUAAGACUCCUCAGGACCCUUAGUUAACAAGAUAAACUGUUUCAAAAACAAAAACGUUGCUUGAUAUUCUAAUGCAUCAUUUUGAAAACAUAUUAUAGAACUGUCAAAGAUAACGUGUUAGCUCUAAGGUAUAACCAAACCAAUCUAAGACAUUCGGUGAUCCAAAUUGUCUAUAAUUUUGCUAGUCUCAUUAAUUUUGCCACAUACCUCGUACCUGAUCAAGAAAGAGCUUGAUACAAUGACAAGUUUUGUUUUUGUGAACAAAAUACUAUGAUUUCCAUUUGCUUAGUACAGAUUUUUCAAUUUGUACAAAGAAUCUCAUUGGUUUUCAUAAAUUAACAUGCUCUUUUGUUGAUCUUAUUCUUCCUUAAUAGUCCGGGAGCCAGGUGAUAAUUCGGUUAAUUAUUUCUUUUUGAAAGUUAAUUGGUGAUAUGCAUCAGAGAGUUAUGUAAUAAAGCCGAAAUUCAUUCAUUUCCUCCCAGCUGAAAAUGUGUAAGCUGAUUGUUAAUAUACUGCUGUGAUAUAUGACAAAAAUCGGCUAGCAGUAAGUCGAGGAAAACCUGAUGCAAUAGAUGCUUCAGCUUAACUCCUAGGUAAUAACAUCCAAAAUAUCAGCUGACGGUUUUCCACCGAGAUAUAGCCAGUUGACUUAUAUAUUUAUUCACAUGUACAUAUAAGGUAGCAUCAAUAAAAUCUUUAAUUGAGAGGAAAUCACUGAAAAUAUAAUUUUUUUUUCAUGUUCGAGGCGCCAAUUGACGUAAAAUACACAUAGUAUAGUCAGCUGAUUAUUUGUUUCCUCGAGAUAUUGGAAUAGCUACAGUUUCACAAUUUUUUAGUUGGGAGGAAAUGAUAAUGCACUUUGUCACAUUCUAUUGUUUUAUACAACCAUAUUCUAAAUGGUAUCUACUUUAUGUGCUUAAUUUCUUUAUUAAACUUUUUUUAGCUCAAUUUAAAAAAAAAUGUCAUUAUUGACACUUUUAUCAUUGUUUUAAUCUAUCAUUGUUUUAUAUAUCCUUUUAGUUGGAAAAUGUCAUAUAACAAAGAGAAGUAGCAGUAGGCCAAUUAAAGAGAUUGCAAGAAAGUUGAAAACAUCGAGAGGAGAAACUUGGAUAAUUAGCUUAUCAUGAACCCGAUAGUACGUUAGUACUAUAUAUAUUUACAGAAAAAGUUCAAAUCGAGGUAUCCUAUUAUUUUUCUAUGAGACAUUACAUAUUCUCAACUAUUGGAUCCAUUAAUUCCAAAUUAUCUUCUACGAUAUAUUUUUGUAAUUAAAGUUUAGUUUUUAUUAAUAACCGUUUCAUCUGUUGGUGUAGUAUUUUUCACAAUCUAAGAAAUUACCUUUACUACCGAAACCUAUAUAAAAUUCGAUAAGACCCAAAAGUUGUAAAUUAUUGGUAGAGUAUUGUGCAGAGUCGCACUAUUGUGUUAUAAUAUCUGGCUUUUUACUUUAUAGUUUAUAUUUAAAUUUGAGUUACAUUGUUAUAUAAUUGGGUUUACCGUUCGCGGGUGACGUUUGACGUUCAUAGCUCAUUCUACAUCCUAUUGAUAAACUUUACAUUGCUGCCAUUGAAAAUUUUGUUAUUCUUUUUGACGGGUACUGCUUUUUGUUUUCGUGAUAUUGUUGUUUGAAAUCCUAUAUUUAUGGACGAUAUUACAGAAAAUAACGAACGACCCAUAUUAUGACAGGUGUAUCAUGAGAGUUGUACCAAGUCUCAUAUUUGUAAAUUAUAUUUCGGUUUCUCAAUCUAGCAGUAUUUAUUGUUUCGAGAUAUUCUAUUAUGAGUUUGUGCAAGUGCUGCGACUCCAUUAUAACUUGCUUUUCGUUUAUUCUUUUGCAUAAAAACCCCAAACGACGUACAGUAUGCCGCAAAGUUGUAGUGGAACAAUUAAUCUCACCAUAAGGUUUCUGGAACAGUCUGCAAGUGAUAAUCACGUUGGCACUUUUUGUUCUGCAUGCAUUCCAUGAAGAUUAAAAGAAAUAAAUGCACUUUGGUGCACUAUUGUCUUUUCGUGUUUUUUAAGGAGGUAUCUACUAACAAUUUUUCAAACUGUAGUUUCAGGAAUUCUCAUUAAUGAAAAGUAUAUUUCGUGACUUCACUUUACUAACUUUAAGUAAAUAUUUUUAACUAUCAUUUUUACCUGAACAGGCGAAUAUUUGCUCUGUUUGAUCUACAUUAUAAGAGAUACUAUCGAACUAUAUGAUACACACUGUUUCAUGGCUCGAAAUGAACUUAUACAAAGUCGUUGGGACCAUACAUAAUCCGACCCUGUUAAAGUCAUGUUUAAAUAUAAGGGUAUUCUAUUCUAUUGCAUUUCAUGUAUUAACUGGAGACUUUUUUAGAUCGUGAAAAAUUCUAUAAUUUCAAUUAACUUCAAUUUGUUGUGAUUUAUGAAAGUUAAGAUAUUCUAUUUAAAAAAAAAGUUAUAACAAAUACAAAACCGUAUUUCGUUAUUAAAUCAUAUCUAAAAGACUUUUCAAUACAAAUUCAAUUGUAAAAUUGAUUUGUACAAAAAAUAUGUUUAUGUAUGCCAGCAGAUAAAACUUAAAUCAUUGUUUAUGAUUUUUUUUAAAUAAUAUAAUGGCUCAUUUAUGUCUGUUUUAUAGAAAUUCUCAUCUCUUUAUUUACCGCGAAUCGUUUAUUUUCUAAGAUGACGUAAUAAUAAGGAAAAAUUAUAUACAGCGAUAAUCUUUGAAUUUCCAUUGUUAUUUAUAGCAUUAUGUUAUUCAAAUUGAGUCUGAUAACAUAUAUCAAAAAAAGAAAAAACCUCCAACUUAAAUUAUUUAACGUUUCCCUUGGUAAUUAUCUUAUCGAGGUUCUACUGUAGUAAAACAAUAAUGGAAAUUCGUUUAAUUGAAAUUCUCUCAGUUUUAAUGACCGUUUGGUUAUUUUAACUAUGCUUUUACGUCAUUUUGCAGUAAUAAUGAAUGGUAAAUAUUAUAGCAUCCAUCGAACUUUUUUGUUCUUAUAUGAUUAGUAUAUAUUGGUCUGAUCUAUUAAAGACUGUAUAUUUGAAUAUUGGUAGAUUUUUACAUCCAAUACGUAUUAUUUUAGUUUAAAUUAUAUUUUUGCUCAAUAUAUUUAUUUGGUUGCUCUUGUAGGUAUAAAUAAAGUAAUUAAUAAUGUUUUAAAUGUAUUCCAUUUUUGAAAAUAGCAAAAAAAAACAUCAUUCCGAUGACUGUGGUUAAUAGUUUAAAAACCGUAACCCUAUAGAAAGUAGUGCUUCUUUUAGUUGAAUUUGUCCAGCGUGUAAGCAAGAAUAUUCAGGUGUAGAAGAUUGGUAGCUGAAAAAACAUAUCACAAAGUGAGUUCUAUAGAGAUUAUUCAUAAAUGGAAGUCAAAUAUGCCAAAAAUAUUUAAUUAAGUAGUAUUGGUAUAAAGAGCAAGUUGUUUUUCUUUAAUCAGAAGUGAGAUCAGGAACUGAACAAUUUGAAUCAGAAAGAGAUCAAAACCAGCAUAAUUUGAUUAAGAAGUGUAUUUCCCAAGAGUUACAUCACUGUGACCAACACUUAUUUGAAAGAAAUUGUUUCAAUAUUGUGCUGCUAGUCAAGUUGAAAUUAUUUUAAAAAAUAAUGUACAAUCGGUAUAUUUAUGAAUCUUACAUAGUAAACAAAGUAUACAAUUGGAAUUAACAUUUCUGUAUACUUUUGAGUCAUUCUGUAUGUUAAUUAUUGUGAAUAUAAUAUUUUAUAUCCGCUAUUUACGUAUAUUAUUUUGUAUAGUGAUAAGAACAAGUCUUAAAAAUAUUUAAAAUGUUUUCGUUACCUUUAUUGAAAUCCAACUUGAAAUAGGAUAAUAUAGUGAAUAUUCUUUUGUUGAAAUUGUUUAUUCAUGUGUUGCAGCAAUAAAUAAAAUUAUCUUAUAUUAA